CCCUCCAUGAAGCCCCUGCAGUAAAACACAGAUAGAAGCUCCUCGGAUUAAAAACUUUCAUUGCGGGGCGUUUGUCCGCAUUGUUGUGAGGCGACAGCUUCCCCAAACCAGCCGCUUUUCUCCGCUAAGGUCGCCGCUCUGUGCGUAAAGCCGAGAAACGAAGAAGGACUCUGAUGUUUUUGGACUUUUUUAGUUGACAUCAACCGGAGCGACUUCCUUCAAGUUUUCAGGGCAUUUUGAGAAGACUUCAUGCUGGAGCUUGAAGGUGACUUCCUGUAGACCUAUUUACAGGAGGAAAAUCUUCGUGAAACAGAGAGAAAGCUGUGCAGCUCACCCACCUACAUCCUACUGGAGGCUGCAGGAAAAAACAGAAAAGAUGGCCCAAAGAUCCGGCAUCCCUUCGAUGCUUCUGGCAUUAUGCUGCCUGACGUCUGCAGGGCCAGUGUCGCGCGUUCCGUGUGAGCUGCUGCCGGUCGGGGCAGGUCACCCGGUGCAAGCCGUGGUGCAGAGCUACGCUAUCCUGUCAGGCUGUGCAACUAACGGCACCAUGAGCCUGCCUGAGGAGGUGCACGUCAUCAACCUGAGAAGACAUGCCGCCGGGGGCCCAGACAGCGCUCCAGCAAGAGUUGAGCUGCAUCUCAGGCCCGUCCACUCCAUACGCCCGCACCAAAAGCCUUUAGUCUUUGUGCUGAACUCCCCCCAACCGGUGGUGUGGAAUGUGAAGGCGGAGAACCUGGCCACGUUCAACCGACAUACCUUUCAUGUACCACGGGGCUCAGAGGUUCGCUCUAAGCAGGCAAACUUCUCCUUCGACACAGAGAUCCAGGAGAGCCUCCCUGAAGGCAACGAGCACCUCCUCCACUGGGCUAGGAGGAAAUAUGGGGCCGUCACCUCUUUCACCGAACUCAGGAUCACACAAGACAUCCACAUCAAAGUUGGAGAAGAUCCAUCAUUAUCCGAAACCUGCAAGAUUAACCCGACGUUCCUGUCUCUGAACUACAUGGGCAUCUAUGAGGAGUCCCAGGAUUCAAGGGGUUGCGUCCUGUCUGGACUCGACAACAGCAAAGAGGUCCACAUCAUCGAGCUGGAAGCCCCGAACUCCAACAGCGGUUUCCAGGUGGAUGUCGCUGUGGAUCUGAGGCCUCUAAAGGAGGACGGUCAGUUGAUUCGAGACGUCACCUUGGUUCUCAAAUGCCCAAAGUCCGUCCAGUGGGUCGUCAAAACGCACAAUGUGAACGGGCCUCUGCAUGUUGUGGCCUCUAAUGCUGUGAGUGUUGGCUCACAGACGAUAAGGAUAAAACCCAAAGUCUCGCUACCAUCAGGACCCCAGGCCUUGAUUCAGUGGGCGGAAGAAAAGGGCUACGGUCCGGUCACAUCCUACACCAGCACCCCCUUGGCAAGCCGCUUCAACAUUCGUCUGCGAGAGCAAGAUGUGGCGUAUUCUCCACACAGAGAAUUGCCGCCUAAGAUGUCCUUUCAGCGUCACAUUCCUGUGAUAGAAAACAGACCGGCGCCGCCACGCUCCAGCCCGCCGUUUCCAUUUCCUGGCCCCUUGUCUGGAGUUGAAGAAGAGUCCGGGCCGGUGAAAGGCCCCUUGGACGACGCCCUCACAGUGCAGUGCGAAGAGAAGAGGAUGGUCGUCAGCAUUGACAGAAAGAUCCUAGAGGAGAACGGAUUUUUUAACGCCACCCUCACGCUGAAAGACCCUGCAUGCAAAGCUAAAGUCAACGCAACCCACUACACACUGGAAACGUCUCUGGAUGGAUGUGGAACAAUUGAGUUUCCAUUAUGGCAAAAUAAGCUUUUUAUUAAUCAUGUGGAUGUGCAGGCGCAGGGUAAUGAAAAUCAGACCUCACAACAACAAGAGGGUGUUUCAAGGUCACAUAUGGAGCAAGAUCCGCUGAAAACUGAGGUUAAUUUUAAUUGCUCAUACGCCCAGAAAAAACCCGAGGUUGUUCCAUUUCCACCCAGACCUCCGGUCAGCGAGGUCAAUUUUAUGAUGGAGCUGUCCUUGUCUCCGUCUUUCGACAGUCCUUCCCAGGCCAUCUUCCCGGUUAAGAACAAUGAUCAAGUGUUUGUGCAGAUCACAUCUACAGCACCGGAGCAGGACAUCGGACUAACCCUCAUCUCAUGCUUCAUUACCAUCGACAGAUCCACGGGGUACCCUGACUACCGGCUUAUUGACACAAUGUGCCCCACGGAUAGCACAUUUAAAUGGACUCCAAAUGCUCAACAAACCUCCUUCAGGGAUUUCAGUUUUCCUUCUAAUAAUAUGAAGAAAACCUUUAGCUUCACCUUCAAGUCAAAGUUGAAAUCGCCAAAUGCUUUCCUGUACUGUGAGGUGUCUCCGUGCUCAGAGGGGUCUCCGGGGAACCAGGAGCUACCGCAGUGCCUGGACCCCGACAAGUGCCAUGACAUUGAUUUGGAAACAAUCUUUCGAUUUAUCAAGCUCCAGAAGAUCACGAAGAAGCAGCUGUAUGUGGCUGAUUAUAAAGGACCUACUGAACCGACUCCGAAUGAACCUGUGCUGCUCCUCCUGGACACCACCACUGUGGUGGGGAUCGCCUUUGCAGCCUUUCUUAUUGGGGCCCUGCUGACCGGGGCCCUGUGGUUUAUCUACACACAUACAGGAGGGGCAGCCACCUCGCAGCCCGUCCAGAAGUCCAAGCCGCCCUCGCAGAACAGCAGCGCGGCCCACAGCAUAGGCAGCACGCAAAGCACGCCGUGCUCCAGCAGCAGCACGGCGUAGCUCAGGACGGCACCAACAGGAGGUCCGCAGACCUGCCGCUGCUGCUGCAACCUCACAGUAACCCUCUCAUUGUUCCCCUAAAGUGAUGCAGCAAACAAAGACGGCAUUAGUUCACCACAAACGUGCUGGGAUGAUUCUGAGUCACAUCUCACAAAAAAGGAAGAAAUACAAAAAAAGUUAUUUUUAUACCUAUUUUUUUUAUCCAGUUGCUGCUUUUUUGAUCACAUUACAGCCUUCUUAUUUUUUUUUAUUUUUUUGUGCUUAAAUGGUUUGAUUUUAGUUGCUUUGCUCCAACAGUGAGCAAACAGUGAGGCUGCAGAGGUUAGGAAGUGAUAUGUCGAUGGCUGGACCGUAAACAUUUCUUUAACACACGCAACCUAGAAAGUAGCAGCAGAGAAACAAAACCACUAUUAGCAUGAAGAUUAGUUUGCAAGAGGGUUAGGGCCUCGAAAAAAAAUAAAAAA